AACCAUUCAAAUGUGGUCAUCUCUUUCGGGGGAAGCGUUUCAGCGACGUACCAGGACAAAGAGGUUCCGGACAUAUUAGUCUGUUGCGCCGCAAGCAAGAUUCGAACGGUGGACAGGAUGGCCGAGACCACGGAAAAAGAGCAGACCUACGAGGAGAUGUUUGGCAACAGAUUUACAUCGGACGACAAAGAAUACCAGCAGUAUGUGAAACGUCCAGCUGACCAGCCACCCAUUGUGGAGGACUGGAGGAGCCGUGGAGGUGGACACAGAGGCAGGGACAGGUACCAGAACCGUCGAGGUCGUGGUUGGGGAGGAGGCGGAGGUUGGAGAGGGGACCAGCGUGGACAGCAAAACUGGCAAGACAGAGACAGAGAUAGAGACAGAGAUAGAGAUAGAGAUAGAGACAGAGACAGAGACAGAGACAGGCACUCGGGGCAUGGAAGUAGUUAUCAAUCUGGCCCUCCAGGCUACAACCAAGGAUAUAACUCUCAUCAUCAGAGAUCACAAUAUGACCGCUACUGAUCUUUACUCUAACCUCUCAGGUGUUGUCAGUGUUUAUAGUAUUCACAGUCUUACAACUCUCAUUGCAAUACAAUUAUGUGGCAAAACACAGUUUUUAUUGUCUGAAUUAGAAAUGCUAAGCAAAUACAGUGUCAGAUUUUUUCCCCUGAAUUAUUUCUGAAAUGUGACAGCAGAAAAGUACAGAUCUUGUUUGACUUCCACUAACCAUUUCCAUAGCUCAACAGUAGUUUUUCUCCCGUAUUCCAUCAAAUUGCUUCGACCUGUAAUCAUAUUAAAUCUUCUUGCCACAUUUGUUGGAAUGAUAAUAAGGACAAACUUUUCAAUUUCAAUACUGGAACUCUCAUUCAUAAUGACACAAGUAUUUCUUAUUAAAUAUUUCAGAUGUGUGGGCUGUUAUAAACAAUAUUUGAUUAUUACAUAAUAUGUGAGAGUUGCUUUGUGUUCAGAUAGUUUUGUCAUCUAUACAUGCUUUAAAAUGGUAGUAUUACAAAUGGUACAGUUUCACAGACUGUGAAUAUGAAUUUCUGGGGGAAAUCUGUUUAUAAUGCAGAUUGAUUUUUGUGUCCCAUUAUGUACGGAUACUGAUGAACUGAGCUGUUUUUAAUAAACAUGUAUUUUCUUAAUUUUUUGUUUAUGGGGCUCAACAUCCAACAAUAUUUGACAGUGUCAAUCUUAGUAAGCACAGUAUUAAGAUUCUUAGGGAUGCACCAAUAUAAACCACUCCAUUGAUAUCAGUGUUGACACUGAGACUAGUUAAUACAUCCCUGGCUUUUUUUUGCUCACCUCCUUUUUUUUUUGUUUAAUAUCUGAUCCUCUUCAGGCCACAAAAGAA